AUGGUGGCGUAUGCAAAUGGUGAAGACGGCGAGCUCCUGUGUGGAUUUGUGAAGGUUUGGACAUCUGAGCGCAAUUACCCACGUGUCCGGGCCAGCGAGCGAGCCAGGCUCAGGGCGGAGCAUUCUGGAAAGGAGGAUGAGUUCGAGGCUUUCUGCGCCAAGACGAUGCCUGCGCCAGAGGACGUCAGAGAGGAUGUGAUCGAAAAGCCUCCCACGGACGCAUUUCGCCACGAUGCGCAGUACAUGGCCACGCACAUAUCCAUCGUGCCUCCAGCGGAGAAGUUGGAGUUGACGGUGCGGGACACCCGAACCAGGCCCAUCCCUGCUUCGCUGACAGCAACCCAUGCCGCACUGGAACAUCCGCUUCGGAGCAGUGACCGUCACGGCUUUGCGCCGCCCGGGCACCCGUCCGAUCAGUUCUAUGACGCUGCGGCAGCCCGCGUGCCGCCCCAGCCCGUACCGGAUGGGACGCAGAAGCUCGAACUGGAGUUCCUGGAGACCAUUGAGGCUUCCUGGGCGACAGGCGAAUCACAGCCCGAGCUCUGGGGCCAGUACGCCAAACGAGCAGAGGAGCUCCUCAUCACCAUGCCGCUGGACCGCAUCCUACGGGUUCUCAAGGCCUUUGUGAUGGCGAGAUAUCGCGGUGCUGACUUGCUGAAUCGAAUUGGCUCCGAGCUUGCCAGGGAGGUGAAAAGUGCCUCCUCGACACGGCUCUGCCAAGUUUUUCACUGGCUCGCCAGGGCUGGCCUGCGGGAUCAGACGCUCAUGUCCCUCAUGGGCAACGAGGCGCUCUUCCGCCUGUCAGAUGACUUCGUCUUGGACAUGUAUGUCGAAGUGAUGAACGUGCAUGCUAGGCUUGAUGUUCGCAAUCCGCGGCUGGUUGGCGCAAUGCUGCGCGAGAUGGCGCCCUUCUUUAGGGAACUCAGCAAAGAUCAGUGCACUUCAGUUAUCCCUCUGACGGUGAUGUCCAUCUUCUCGGACGAGGCUCGAGUGGCCUACCUUUCGCGAUGUGCCGAACUGAACAUGGGGCUUCCAGUUCGCAUGACGAAGCCGGAUGUUCUGAGACAGUUUCGUCUUUUGGAGGACUGUCUGCGCUUGGAUUAUCAUCCGACGGUGCUGCCGGCCCAGGUGCAGCUGUGGCUGCAAAAUCUGAAGGCCGAAAGCGAGGCACAUGAUGCGAUCAUCCCAACCCCUCUGUCCGAUGUCGAGAAGGACAUCUUGCGGAUCCUUGAGCAGGAAAUGGAUGUCGCAGUGACUCCGAUCCUGCAGGACUCUGUGCUGACCCUUCACUUGGUCUUGGGCAAAACCGUCUUACAGGUCAUGGAUGCCUAUGAUGACUAUUAUGUUACACCAGCUAUGGGAGGCCAGCGCCUGGUACGUGCAGAGACGAAGCUGCAGCAACGUCUGAUCUGGCGCCGGGGCUGGAGACUUCUGACCCUUGAUGCUGAGGAGUGGAAGAAGCUCACGGACGACAUCUACAAGAAGGACCUGCUGGAGGAGCUCUUGAUCCAUGGGCAGCACAAGCCCGAGCAUUUCUUUCGAACACCACACGCCAUACGCUCCGAAAAACAAUCUUCUGUUUGCAUGGUACCCUCGUGGUAG